CUUUUGUCUUUUUAUCGGUUAAGGCAUUGCAUCACUGAAUUCUCACUUCGCUAGCGUGCGUCGUUUUCCUUCGUAGCACCGCACGCUGCGCAGCGUUUUAAGCUUAGAGUUCGGUUGGAGUGAAAACAAUGGCACCGUCGAAUCACUCUGACGAUGAUUCGGAAAACGACCACGAGGAAGAGGAAGAGGAAGAGCAAGAGGAACCCGGAGAUGAAGUUGAAUGCGAUCGAAGUGGUUCUUCCAGCGACGGGGAUGAGAACUUGAUUGAGGUCGAGAUCCAGGAGGAGAAGGAGGAAGAGAACUUGAACAAGGAUGAAUAUAUACUUGUAGAUUUGGCAUCAGUACGCAAGGAAUUUCAGUGUGCUAUCUGCCUAGGCGUUAUUCGAAAAACAAGAACGGUUAUGGAAUGCCUGCAUCGCUUUUGCAGACAGUGUAUAGACAAAGCCAUACGCACAGGUAAGAAUGAAUGCCCUACUUGCCGUGCACAUUGUGCUAGUCGACGCUCGCUGAGAGAUGACCCAAACUAUGAUGCCUUGAUUUCUGCUAUCUACCCUGAUAUUGACAAGUACGAGGCACAGGAAUUGGCUUUGCGUGAAGAGGAGAUAAAUCGCAAUAAGAAGAAGACCCAAGAUUCCUUUGCUAAGACUCUCCAACGUCAAACAGAAGCCGCUGGUAGUAAACGGCGGAAGGCUAGGGCAACAGCUGCAGCUUUUGUGAGGUCACAAGAAACUAUACUGGAAGGAGGUGGAGGUGGAGAAGAAGAAACAAAACCUCCACAGGAAUCUGCUCCUGUGGCUAGUGAAACUGGUGAUGAAAAUAUUUCAGAUGUGAAUAGAGAAAUAAGUUCACCUGGUACACUUGUUUGUGGAGAAGGAGAAACACAAUUUCCGCAGGAAACUGAGGAUAUGGAUGUUGAUGAAACUGAUGAUGAAUAUAUUCCAUACAUGAGUAUAGAUAUAAGUUCAUAUGGUAGUGAAGAAAAUGAUGACCAGAGUAACACCGAAGUCGAUGGCGAGAGUGCCAGGAGCAGUCGCAUCACCAGUUUAAUUAAUCAUCUCCGUAACUCGGAAGCAGAUGAAGUUGAGAUGGAGAUCCCCCUAAAGCUUGUCUCUUUGGAUGAGCAAAGGAUACCAAAUUUGCAGGAGCCAUACAUUUGCUGCAAACCUAGUGUAUCAUUGAAGACGCUGCGGAAGUAUGUUGCACUUAAAACUGAGGUGGUGCAAGCUGAUGAAGUUGAAUUAUGCUUGGUAGAAGAUCCACAAGCCUAUAUUCUAGGAGGUGAAAGAUCUGUUGAUGAUAUAAACAAGGAUAAAUUGCGUGUUCUAGGAGAUGAAGAAACUUUAGGUGAACUAUACACACCCAGUGUCAUCAGCCGCGGUCCAAUGAUCUUGGCCUACAAGAUGAAGUAGCAGAAUUUAGACCCAAUGGGUUGAGCAGAAAAUUAAUAAACAAUCACCUGAACCAUUUUCUUUUAAGCGCAUAAUUAUACCGAACAGUGAAAAUGUAUGGUAAUUUUAUAACUUUUUUAGUACCCCUCUCCCCCUCCCUAUGUUAGAGAAAAGGAGCUGAACCUUUUUGGAUAAACUCCUAGGAAAUAAGAACUUCAAAUACUCAUGUGGUGACAUUUUACAAUCUUCAGUUUGGGAUUUGUGGUUUUCUUAUUUUUUA